AUGACUAAAACAGGAAAACCAGAUGCCUACUGGAGGGAUAUUUGUGCAAAAUAUGCCCAGGGCCAGUACCACUUUUCGACCGGCAAACCACCAGGGGCCAAGAAGUGGAAAAAGGCCCUGGAGAAUGUAGAUGCGUGUCCCCGGCAGAGCCACACCAAGGACCUGUUUGGGAGAAGCCUUCAUUGCUCCUGUGGGUUCCAUAAGGUAGGUAAAAUUAUUUACUAAGUGCUGAUGAGUCACUGUAGGAUGUGGAUUUAUUUAUUGAACAAUGUAUGUCUGCACCAUUCUGGAGAAAAAUGUUAGUGUAGGAAUCUUAGUUGCAUGUAGCAUAGCCCUCUUUUUGUACUCCCCUCUCCUCUAGUCAGCAGAUGUGUCAUCAGCUGCUGGCUGCAGUAAGACAGGAGAAGUUGAGAUGGAGGGAGGGCAAGUCCAAGUUGACACAGCGACAGGAAGUGGAAACACGGAGGCAGCAGCAUCAGUGGCAGGACAGGGAGUACAGUGCUACAAGUGCAAUGAGUUUGUGGAGGGAGAUAAAUUCUCUGAACACCUCUCUGAUUACCAUACAGACGAGGUGUGUGACACCUGUGGGACCAAGGUGCACGGUGCUUUUGGUCUUUUAGACCACAUCCAAAUGCCCCACUACUCAGGGCUCAUCACACCAUCACUGCAAAGGCCGACACCUCCUCCUCCUCCAACUGCUCCACCUCCUCCACCACCUCCACCACCACCACCACCACCACCACAACCACCCUCACCACCACAGCACAAGGCAACUCCACUGAAACCUUCUUCCAUUAAUUGGAAAGGUUUUCUUCCUGAUCAAUUUCGCAGAGUCAUACAGGAAUCUGAUCAGGUGUGGAUUGCCAAGUGUCUGUAUGAACCCACAGGCCAGUUGAAAAGAAGAUUAAAAGCUUUCUGGUUUCACCCACCAUUGGAGCCCAAACCAUCUCCUCCUGAGCCUGGGUGGCACUUCAGAAAGAUAAAUGUUUGUCUGGGCACCAAUGAGGAUGUGGGGGAUUCCCCUGAAAUGCCCACAGUGUUCACGUAA